AUGGACGAACUCUUCGACGUCUUUGACGACAACCCUUCGGCCGCGCCUAAGCCGUCAAAGAAAGAGAAGAAGCGAAUGAAGCGACAAGCUAACGGCGAAGUGAAAGCUGCGCAGGUCGAAGACACCACUACCAAUGGCAAUGACACAGUUCUUUCUAGUGCUGGAAAUUCCAUCCAUUCGGGAGAACCCCAGGCGGAUGGUUCUCCGGACCACGCGAUGCCUGACCCUAAACGCAUGCGCAUUGCUGACGAGCCAGAACCUGUUGUAACAGACACCUUCGAGACCGAGCAAUCAAGAGAAGUCGCUGCUUCUGCUGGCUUACAGGCAUCUCAAAAUGAAGAGAAGGUUAUCUUGUCCCACCAGGUCCGACAUCAAGUUGCCCUUCCGCCCGACUACGACUAUGUUCCCAUUUCCGAACACAAGACUGCCGCCGAACCUGCGAGAACAUGGAGCUUCCAACUUGAUCCUUUCCAGCAAGUCGCCAUUGCUUCCAUUGAACGAAACGAAAGUGUUUUGGUGUCGGCACACACCAGUGCAGGCAAGACCGUGGUCGCAGAAUACGCAAUUGCACAAUCUCUGAAGAAUAACCAACGAGUUAUCUACACCAGUCCUAUCAAGGCAUUGAGUAACCAGAAAUAUCGAGAAUUCCAAGCUGAGUUUGGAGAUGUCGGAUUGAUGACCGGUGAUGUUACCAUCAAUCCUACAGCAACCUGCCUGGUCAUGACCACUGAAAUUCUGAGGUCUAUGCUCUACCGUGGCUCAGAAAUCAUGCGGGAGGUCGGCUGGGUCGUUUUUGAUGAGAUCCAUUACUUGAGAGAUAAGACUCGCGGUGUCGUUUGGGAGGAGACCAUUAUUCUUCUUCCUGACAAAGUCCGCUAUGUGUUUUUGUCGGCCACAAUUCCCAAUGCCAUGCAAUUUGCAGAAUGGAUUACCAAGACACACAGCCAACCUUGUCACGUUGUCUAUACCGAUUUCCGACCAACUCCACUGCAGCACUACUUCUUCCCUGCUGGUGCAGACGGUAUUCAUCUCAUUGUAGACGAGAAAGGAGUGUUCCGAGAAGACAACUUCCAGAAGGCCAUGAGCACCAUCGCCGAGAAACAAGGCGACGACCCUGCUAAUGCCAUGGCACGUCGCAAAGGAAAAGGCAAGGACAAGCGUCUGAACAAAGGUGGGACUAAAGGUCCAUCCGAUAUCUACAAGAUUGUCCGCAUGAUCAUGACCAAAAAUUAUAACCCUGUCAUUGUCUUCAGCUUCAGCAAGAGAGACUGUGAGGCAUAUGCCAUUCAGAUGAGCUCAAUGACAUUCAACGACGAAUCAGAGAAGGCCAUGGUGGCCAAAGUCUUCGACAGCGCGUUGGAAAUGCUUUCUCCUGAGGAUAAGACCCUCCCGCAGAUCCAGCAUCUUUUGCCACUGUUGAAGAGAGGUAUCGGCAUCCACCAUUCGGGACUAUUGCCAAUCCUGAAAGAAACCAUUGAAAUUCUGUUCCAGGAAGGCUUAAUCAAAGUCCUUUUUGCAACCGAAACCUUCUCAAUCGGCUUAAACAUGCCCGCAAAAACCGUCGUUUUCACCAGUGUUCGCAAAUUUGAUGGUAUCUCUCAACGAUGGGUGACGCCUUCUGAGUUCAUUCAGAUGUCUGGACGAGCCGGACGUCGUGGGCUGGACGAGAGAGGAAUUGUCAUCAUGAUGAUUGAUCAGCAAAUGGAGCCUGGGAUUGCCAAAGAGAUUGUGCGGGGUGAACAGGACAAAUUGAACUCAGCAUUCUAUCUUGGCUACAACAUGAUUCUCAAUCUCCUUCGAGUGGAGGGUAUCUCUCCGGAAUUUAUGCUUGAGAGAUGCUUUCAUCAAUUUCAGAAUACCGCCAGCGUGUCGGGUCUCGAACGAGAACUUCAACAUUUGGAAGCUGAGAAGUCAUCAAUGGUCAUCGAAGAUGAAAAUGCCAUCAAAGCUUACUAUGAGCUUCGGAAACAGUUGGACAUAUAUGCCGAGGACAUGCGGAAUGUGAUCAUCCACCCCAACUAUUGUCUCCCAUUUAUGCAGCCUGGUCGUCUGGUUGAAGUCAAAGAUGGCGAGCACAACUUUGGUUGGGGUGCAGUUAUCAACUUCGCUAAGAGAGGUUCGAAUCGGUCUACAGAGAAACUGACGCCACAAGAAGAAUGGAUUCUUGAUAUCGCAUUAGAGUGUGCUGACGGGGCGACGCCUGGCACGAAGACUUUCCAAUCACUUCCCGCUGGAAUUCGCCCUCCACAACCGGGUGAGAAGUCGAAGAUCGAAGUCAUUCCUGUUUUGUUGAAAUGUGUUCAGAAGAUCUCGCACAUUCGAAUUUUCCCACCUCAAGACAUAAGCAGUUCAGGGGAGAGGAAGAAGAUAGCACAAGCUCUUAGCGAGGUGCAGAGACGAUUUCCAGACGGUCUUGCUGUCCUCGAUCCCAUCGAUAAUCUGAAGAUCACGGACAACUCAUUCAAGGAGCUUCUGCGCAAAAUUGAGAUUAUGGAAUCACGCUUGGUUGCCAAUCCUCUGCACAACUCACCGCGACUUGAAGGACUAUACAAUCAAUACGCAGAGAAAGUGAUGGUAACCAAUAAAAUCAAAGGAUUGAAGAAACAAAUUCAGGAUGCGCAUGCCAUUAUGCAGUUGGACGAGUUGAAAUGCAGAAAACGCGUUCUCCGCAGACUACAAUUUAUCAACGAAGACGAGGUUGUGCAGUUGAAAGCGCGAGUGGCAUGCGCAAUUAGCACAGGCGAUGAGCUGAUGCUGAGUGAGCUCCUCUUCAACCGAUUCUUCAACGACAUGACACCGGAACAAUGCGCCGCUGUGAUGAGCUGCUUCGUCUUUGAAGAGCAGAUCAAAGACACCCCGAUUCUGCCUGAGGAUCUUGCACGGCACCUGCGCGAAAUCCAUCGACAAGCUAGAAUUAUCGCGAAGGUCUCGAUCGAAUCCAAACUUGCACUGAAUGAGGACGAGUAUGUCCAAAGCUUCAAAUGGGGGCUGAUGCCGGUCAUUCUCGCGUGGGCCAACGGAAAGUCAUUUGGAGAGAUCUGCAAAAUGACGGACGUGUACGAAGGAAGCCUAAUUCGGACGUUCCGACGUCUCGAAGAGUCUCUACGUCAAAUGGCGGAGGCUUCGAAGGUAAUGGGUAGUGAGGAAUUGGAGAAGAAGUUCGAAGAAGCACUGACCAAGGUAAGAAGAGAUAUAGUGGCAGCUCAGUCAUUGUAUCUCUAG